AGGUAAAGGCAUUAUCACAUCAGAUGGUCCUCAGUGGAAGAAGCAGCGUACUUUGCUGAGUCAUGCUUUUCGCGUAAGCAUUCUGGAGGAUACUAUGACUGUGGCAAAGGAAGCGGUGGACCGUAUGAGUGCUAAGCUUGAGAAGAUCAGAGGUACGGGUGUUCCCAUUGAGAUUGGCGAGGAAUUUCGGCUACUCACGCUUGAAGUUAUCGGCGAAUUGGUUCUAUCGCUUCCCGCAGACGAGUCCAAUCGAGUGUUUCCUGAUCUGUACUUACCCAUCGUGACUGAGGCGAACAAGCGCAUCUGGGAUCCCACGCGCAAGUUCAUGCCCACUCCCACGCAGUUCGCCUACCAGAAGACUGUCACUGGUCUGAACGACUACAUGUGCGACCUCAUCAGGAAACGCUGGGCUGAGAGACAGGCCAGAAAAACAACUGGUUCUACAAAAAAAGUUCCAGAUAUCUUGGACCAAACACUGGCCACCAUAGACCCAGCCGACUGGAGCGAAGCGACAGUACUGCAGCUACGGGACGAGUUCAAGAGCUUCGUUCUGGCGGGGCACGAAACUAGCGCGUCCAUGCUCACAUGGUGUCUGUAUGAGUGCAUAGAGAAUGAUGAUGUGCGUGAGAGGCUGAUAAACGAGAGUGUCGAGGUCUUUGGGCCGGGUAGGGCUGAGGAGGGAGAUCAGUUCACAAGUGUUCCUCUACCAACAAGAGAUGACCUCAACAGACUUGGCUACACAGUCAAUGCCCUGAAGGAGGCUCUGCGCAAAUACACACCGGUACCCAUCGUAGUACGCAUGGCGAAGGAAAAUGAUGUCAUAGAUGGACAAAACAUUCCCGCAGGCACAAGGAUGUUUGUAAAUAUCAAGGCUAUCCACGACGACCCGGCCAUCUGGGAGAGUCCGGAUACGUUUAACCCUGAUCGAUUUGCUGAAAAAUUCGAUCCGUAUGCGUUCUUGCCUUUCAUCAACGGUCCGCGUAAUUGUCUCGGUCAACACUUGGCUCUUUUAGAGGUGAGUGUAUGGGUGUUCUGUUCAGUGUAUCGUAGUACCAAAGCGAAGUCGGGUAGAGAAUCAAGCAGGGAUAGGCGAGGCGAUAUUAUUCGUAAAGCUGAAUUUUAUCUCUUGUUGCGUCCACUACGCGAUCUUUGUAUGCGCUAA